AUGAAUGAAGGUACGUACAUAGGAGUUCGGGAGGAGAACUGUGAUGUUCUUUUGUCUUUCAGUAUUGAAUUAGAUGAGCCACCUUUGGUGCAGACUGCAGCCAACCUGUUCAAAGAGUUGUGUUAUAGGUAUCGAGAGGAUCUAACAGCAGGCAUCAUUGUAGCAGGUUGGGACAAGAGGAAAGGAGGACAGGUUUACACUGUUCCCAUGGGUGGAAUGAUAGUCCGUCAGUCAUUCUCAAUCGGGGGAUCUGGUAGUACUUACAUUUAUGGCUAUGUAGACUCAUCUUACAAACCUGGAAUGACAAAAGAAGAAUGUUUGGAGUUUACAGCCAAUGCCAUCAGCUUAGCAAUGGAGCGUGAUGGUUCAAGUGGGGGCGUGAUCCGCCUUGCUGCCAUCACAGAAGCUGGAGUUGAACGUAAGGUGAUCCUAGGAAGUGAGCUGCCCCGCUUCACUGUUUCAUGAGAAAGACUUCUGGAUAGAAUCUGGCCAUCCUUUCAGUUGAUUGGUUUUGUUCUGUACCCUGUGUGCUGUAUUUUUUCAUGCCAGUAAAAGGCCUUUGCUAAAACUAGCUUUAACACACAACCAUACACGUCAGUAGACCAUUUUUUUUUUUUACUUGGAUUAAAAGGCACAGAUAUGUCAUGCACAAAUAAACCAUGAAAAGAAAAUUGGUCAUAAACUGCAAUUACACUGUUCCAGGACUUGAAUUUUUCAAUGGAAAGUUUGAAAUAAACAAAAAACAAUUUGA